AUUACGUUACAAAGGGAUGUGAACUUGCAAGUCUCAUCUUGGGUCCCAAAAGGCAAAUAUUGAUGUCCCUGUCCCCAGUGCAGUGCGGGUGAGGGCUUUCUCUGAGGGCAGAGGCGGCCGGGGCUGCUCAGCUCCUGGGGCGCCAGGCAGGGAUUUUGCAGAGGGGCUGGGGCCAUGCACGCUGCCCAGGCGGAGGCAGCUGCCCAGCCUGCUGCCCCGGCUCUGCACACUCGACAGGGACGUGUGGUUUUGCAUCCCAGGUCUUGCUGGUGAGGUGGCUGGUCUCUGCUUCGGCAGCUCCCUGGGGGACCCGGCUGGGGCUGCCUGGGGACACCAGGACACCGCAUGGUGGCAGCCCCUGGAGCUCUGUGGUUUUCCCCCUGGGCUCUCCAGCACAUCUUCUACUCUGGGUGAGACUGACAGCUCCCGUGCUCCCCCAACACAUCUUGGCUGAGCUUUUCCAAGGCCUCUUGUCUUCUUGCUCACCUGAAGGCUUGGCAUCCUCUGGAGUCCUCCUGGACAGAUUGUCAGGGCGCUUCGUUUUUCAGGAAGAUGCCCUUUGACUCCUUCAUCUCUGCUAGGGCCUCAUCCAGUGUCGGGCAUGAGCUGUGCACAGCAAGCAUCACCCCCAUGUUCAUCACGCAGUGGCUGAGGAAGGACCUUCUGCCCCAGCUUAUGGCUGCAGUGUGGGGGAACAAGUCCCAUUCCCCCUUCUUAGAGAGGAGCUGUUUCAGCUGGGGCUGGGAACAUCACCCCAUGACACAAGAAACCCCAGUCACCACCGUGGCUUUCCUUAGGACAGAUGCCAGGUCAUGGGCAGAGCUGCCAGCAGAGCUGGGCAUCCUGACACUGACCUGCGGGCAUGGCUCCUCCACACUGGUGUGGGAGAUGGUGUUGGACUUGGGACCCCUCGUCCAGCACCUUGGCAAAUGCUUACCAGUGGUGAGCAUGUCCUGGAGUGGGGCAAGGCUGGGUUGUCAUCUCUGCUACCUCUCCAGUCGCAUCUUUCAACCUCCCAUGUCAGGACAAAAAGUUUCCAGCUCUUAAGAAACCGCCUGUUCCUAUUGGGAAUGAGCACCAUUAGCUAAACCCAGUUGGGGCAGAUGCAGCUUGUUAGUGAUCCCUGACUGCAUUGCCUCAUCACGUUUAGCUUCACCAGAUUGCCCACAUAGCUUCUAGGUUGCUCACCUGGGUCGCCCACGCAGACAUGAUGACCCCAGACCCCAAGCUCUCCACCAGCUCCUGCUCCUCAGAGGCUGGGCUUUGCCGGUCACCCUGCCUACAUCUCACCCUGUGUGCCGUCAGGAGUCAGGGAGCCAUGUGCUGGGCACAGCACACCUUCUGUUCCUGCACACCCAAGAACCCCUCUGGACAUCUUGUUGUAGCAUCGUACCAGGUGACAGGUUUAUUUUUAGUUUCCCUGUGUCCUAAGCCUUCGCUUAAAAAAAAUCACUGCUCUGCACAAGAUGGUUUCCCAGACUAAGUAUGGCCUCACCCUUCAUCCAUCUAUCUCUGCCUUUGCUUUUGUACCUUGGACAUUGCUUGGGCGAACGUUGCCUCUUCAUGUACUGGCAUUUACUCCUAGCUUUGUUCCUUCUUACAGCCCCCAAGAAGGUUGUGGCAACACAAACAGUUUUGCCUUCUUCCUUUCCCGCAGUGGCAUGCUUGUCCCCCUGUCCCAUGGGCUGGCUGCCCUUGUCUCAGCUAGAGCUGGUCCGAGCUGAAUGGUGGUGGCCAACCAUCUCCAAGCAAGUCUUCCCAGUGUCACUUCUGAGGCUGGGAGGUGUUACAGGCUGUGGUUAACCGUCCCCAGUGCAGUGGAGACCAUCUUCUCACCAGUGGCAUCUUCAGAUGUCUUGUCCAGGCAUGGCCAAAUAGACCAGAAGGACCUCAUGGGCCUUUCUGCUCAUCCAUUGUCCUCCCUUAGCUCAGUGUCCUUACCUAAUAACAGGCCAAUGCUUGUAGCAGGGUGUAUUUUUUUCCACACUUGGUUAGAUUUUCUGCAAAAUCCACUUCACCUCUGGCUCAACCACCCUCUCGCACACACUGUCCCCACACUGUCCUCCCCAGGACCCCCAAGCCUGGAUGGGGCUUGGGGACACUGAGCAGCAUGGAGACCCACAGGGGCAGCCCAUUAGCAGGGAAGCUCGUGGUGAUGGGUAAAAUGCUCCAUGAGUCUGGAGGCUUUGAAGAAGCAUUUGUAGCAAAGAGCACCAUCUCCACCCCCAAGGCAUCUUUGUCUGUCAGGGAGUUUUAAGCAAUAAUUAUGUUGAUACAACCCAGCUGGGAGAGGGUGCGGUGGGGCAGAGCAGGCUGAGGAUGCCCAUCACGGUGAUGGGUACAACCUGCUGCUCAUCCCCUGCAAGCUGCUGCGGAGGGGAGAUGAUCUGUAUCCUUGUGGCUCCCACACGGGCUUGGUGUCCGGGGAGGGGGCAAUUUUCCUUCCUCACAUCCUCCUCCCAGCUCAGCUGCCCUGGCCCCAGGGAACCAAUGGCCAAGCGGCCCCACGCAUUAGCCUGACCUGUCAUCCCAUUAAUUACCUUCUGGCUAAUCCCGGCUGAGCUGGGCUGGGGCAAACAGGGCUCAGCUGCCGGCCAUGGCUGCACACACCCCUCUGCCCCCCAACCUCCGCUGGGGCUUGGCGGUUUUCAGCAGCUCCCUCUUCAUCAACAACAAGACAUGGGACAGCGGCGCUGCCCACACCUACCACCCAGCCCACGAGGUGCUGGCCAGCCUGCCCCUCCAGAUGAUGCUCUACUUCAACGUCUACUACUUCCCGGUCUGGUGCCUGGCUGAGGGGAUGAUGCUGCAGCUGAAGUACCACCUGCUGCCUUGGCACUACCAGUUCCUGCUGGUCACUGCCUUCCUCAUCCUCUCGCUGGCUGAGGGCUCCCGCCUCUACCUGGGCUACGUGGGGAACCUGCAGGAGAAGGUGCCUGAGCUGGCCGGGUUCCUCCUCCUCUCCUUCCUGAUCCAGCUCCCCCUCCUGCUCUUCCUGCUGACGGACAGCCACGUCAUCCGCCUGCCGCUUGAGAUGGCCGUGCACAGCCUUUUCCUGGCCUUCCUCGUCGCAGAGAUUGUGGCUGCCUUCCUUGCACUGAAGACCAUGACCAAGCAGCUGGCGGCACAGUUCAACCUGCGGCAGUUCAAGGAGGGCAGCAGGGGACGGCCGGGGCAGGGGGACACAGCGGGGCAGGCAGCCGAGGAGGGGUGAUGCUGCGGGACCCCUCCAUCCCACGCAGCCAGUCCCGGCAGGGAGCAUUAAACAGAGCUCACACCCCUGCUGCGCCUCCACACGUUGUGCUUUUGAGCUGGGCAGCUUGUGGGGUUCCCAGAGCACCCCACGGGCAUGGACCCAGCCGGUCCCUGCCCUGCAGCAGGCCAACAAAGCCCAGGGGAGGUGGGAGCGCAGGGUUCAGCACCUCUGAAACGCUCAGGCUCACCCCAGGGCUGCACUUGGCCUCACUGAGCAUCAGCCCUGGCAGGAGGCAGGAACCAGGGGGCAUGCACCCCCCCAGCAAGCAAGUGCCAGCCUAGGGCUGCUGCCUUAAGCUCAGCUCUUAAACCCUCCCUGAGCGCAGCCAAAGCAGGGCUGGGGGUCAGCCCUGCUACUCCCUGGGGAGCUCCGGAGGAUCUGGGCAGCUCGCAUGAAGCCAUCCCAGCUGGAAGCAGGCAGGGUGCUGCGACGUGCAAGACAGGUACCACAAAACCUUCACAGCCACCCCCAUGGCUAAAGACAGAGCAGAGCCACCUCCCACUUUCUGAACAACUUUAUUUCAUUGCAUCCCUCUUUUUCAUGGGAAAUCAAGGCCAUCUGGAACGUGAAGAAGCGCAAAGUGCUUUAAGCCUCUUGUGCUGAGCGUGGGCCAGCUGCUUGCCAGCAAGCUCUAGUUCCCACAGCAGCUCCACAGCACAGCUCUGCUCAGUCACCCGCCGGUCAGUGCUGGGAGCUGCACAUGGGAUGGCUUUGUGCUCCAGGAGCCGAGAACUUCUGCUGAUGCAAACGUGUCUCCAGGAAAGGCAGAUCCUAACCCCAGCAGCACACACUCAGGCCAGAACUGGGCCACCGCCACCUGGGCUACAGCCAUGACCGCAUCGCAGCUACCUGGAGGUUGCUCUGGAGUGAAGGGUGAUUGUGGCGGAGCAUUCCCGAUGUCUCUAAGCUGCAGCCUCGGUCUUACCUUUAGGGGGUUUUGCCUGCAAAAUGAACAGGGGCAUCUAGUAUACUAGAGACAAGGAGACAGCCCAGGCAGCUGGUUCUGCGCUGCUCUGCUCAGUCCCAUGCGACCACAUUCAUUGUUUGAGACCCCCAGACCACUUGUGAUUUGAGAUCAGGCAUUAGGAACAAUUUUUUUCCCCCCAGUAGGAUGGUGCAGCCCUGGGGCAGUUCACUGGAAACUGAGGGAUCUCUGUGCUCAGAGUUUUCUAAGACUUGACCAGAUAAAGCCAAAGCUGACCCAAGCUAGGGCUGGCCCACACCCUGCAACUCCCGAAUUCACCAGGGCUGGGCAGUGCCAAAGUGGGAAUCACACACAGCAAGAAAACCUGUCACUGAACUGCAGCGUCAGCACCGACACAGCACCAGGGCACACUCUGAAGAGCUGCCCUCUCUCCACAUGGAGUUUGGCCAGAUUCAGUUCAGAAGAGGGUGAAUAAAUGUGGAGCUGGGUCAGGUUUCUACAGUAAGGUCGCCCUGGGGACUCCUUGUUGUCUAACAGUAAUUGAGGUCGUGGUACAGCUUUCCCUGCAGUCUGGGCACCAGCUGUGUCCCUCUCCUUCACUCUGCUGCCUGUUGUCGUUAAACUUUUAAGAGUUUAAUCUCUGUCAGGUUCAGUUCAGACCAGCCACCAAGCCCAAGAGUCGAAGACUAAGAACUGCUCCACCGGGGCUUUCACAGAUCUCAUGAACUGAGUUUUAACUAAAGGGCAGAAAAUAAUUAAAUCUGCUUGCAAAACUCCA